GAAGCCUUCACGUGCUCUACAGUGGUGUGAGGUGGCUGUUCCGACCCCUUCAUUCGACGCAGAGAUGGGACUUGCGAGUGCACGCCGGCCCUUUAAUGCCAUGGCCCUUCCAUCUCCUCCCCAGACAGAACCGGAAGGCCCAGCUCUGGCAGUUGAAAGCAACAUGGAGGACAAGGGAGCAGGACCCCAGGAGGAGUAAAAAUACGAAUUCAUCAUUCAAGAGCUCUCCUGAUAAUGUAACUAUUGUGACUGCUAAAGAUUAGACUCUCCUAAGGAAUAAGGAAGACUCGGCAUGCCCCUCAUGGCGCAGAAUCGCAGGAACAGCAAGAGGCCUUUUCCCCUGGAAAGUCUUUUCAAGCCACAGGUGCCCCGCAGCAAUUACUUGCACCUUCUGGAAGAGAAGCAGAGACUGCAGCUGAAGAAAUUCCUCCUGCACAGGAUGUUUCUAGUGGCCAGCAUACAAGCGAACAUGGAGAAGAAAGAAAUCGCCGAGUACUACGACCAGGUGUUUCAGUCGGUCCUGAAGCACCACCUGGGGGAAGUGGUGACGGGGAUACUGCUCAUCUACCCCAACUCGGUGCUGCACAUCCUGGAGUCCUCCAGCGGCACGCUGUACCACGUCCUUCUAGAUUACGUCACCCGGGAGAGGAGCAGGACAGAAUUUUGGAUUCAAAAGAUGAAAAUUAUAGUCAUUUCUCAUCACAUCCCAGCGAGACUCUUCAUGCAGUGGUAUGUCUCGGUAGUGAAAGUGCCAGUUCUGUAUCUCGAUGAUGUGACACAGUCCCAGUCCCUGGAGGAGGUCAUCACCGAUUUCUUCAUCCAGACACACAAACUGGCACUCUAUGUUUUUAAAACUGUUAAAGUGGGCGGUAAAGGGCCAGGUGAUAACUUGCACCAAGUUGCACCCGACCUGCUCCCUCAAGAACAAAUCAUAAAGUAUCUGUGUAAAUCUGAAGAAUUCAUGGACCCAGCGACAUUCAUAAACAUGUAUAACAAACCCUUGCACGUCACCUCGGACUCUGAGGUGGUGUGGCCCGCCCCCUCCAGCCUGUAGGACUGAAAGAGGUAAUAUGAUCGGAUCUCUUUUUUGUUUGUUUGCUUUUCUUUUUGUUUUUGUUUUUCUUCCAGUACCAGGAAUAGAACUCACGACCUUGUGUUUGCCAGGCAGGUGCUGAGCUAAAUCCCCAGCUCCAUGCUCAGAUCUCUUUAUUUGUGCUACCUAAAUAAAAUUAUUUCUAACAUUA